UGGUGGUGGUGGUGAUGAGUGAAGGUGAGAGGCAGCGGCGGGGCGCAGCAAAUCUUGCCAGUGUGUGGAGGGACGUGCUCGGGGUCGUGGCUUGGAGGACGCGGCGGGUUCAUUUAGAAUAGAAUAUAACUGAAAUAACACCCGUGCUAAAUAAGAUAUUAAUGAAAUGAGCAGAAGUGACAGAAGACAAAAGACAAGGAAGAAAACGUAUCUGGUGUAGUGACGAGAAGUCUUCAGCGGCAGCAGCGGCGGUGUCUGGAAGGUGGCGUGACUUGGCGCACCGCAGAAAGGAACUCGAGUGGCGGGCGCAGCGGUGUGGUUUGUGGUUAGCGUCUUCUCUUGGACAUGAUCGACAUGCGUCUGGGAAAAUAAGGAGCUCACACGCAGGUGACUGGGAAACUCGUGACAACUAGAGCACCGCAACUUUACGCAGUGGGUUAAGGACGCCUCGAACUUAACCAAAACAUUACGAAGGGCGUCGCUGACCUAAGGGCACCGCUGUAACCUCAAACUGCCUCAAGGAAUCGAAGGGUUUGCAAGGUUGGUCGGCGCAGAGCAAAGGCGUCCUGCAGAACCCAAGACAUCACGGUGAAGGAAAGGCUUUAGCACGGGAUUCAACACACCAUGAGCAAGAUGCGUGUGUUGGUGGUUGCGAUGGUGAUGGUGGUGGUGGUGAUGGCAGGGACAGUGAAGUCAGAUGCCGACCCUCGCGUCCCCCCUCCCUACAUCCACAUUGCCGCACCUUUCCUCCUCAUCAAUUCCUCUAUUGACGACAACGGCGACAACCACGUGAUAUUGCCGCCACCUACAGCCGAUGACAAGGCAGACAAUCAAGGCUCAGUGUCGUUGUCGGGGUGGCUGCCUCCUGUGGACACCCUCGGUUCAGACGGGGACUGGAGGACAAGGUUGUUCCGCCGUGACCCCCUCGAGCUCUCCGGGAUGGAGGAAGGGGACAUUGUGCCUCACCCGACUUCAGGGAUAAAGGAGAGCGGCCUGCAGAACAAGAUGGCAGUGCGGGACGAUAUCAAGCUGUGGUCCGGGGGGAAGGUGCCGUACGAGUUCUCCUUUGAAUACGCGCUGUUCCCGGUGGAGCAGCUGACGAUCCGGCGCGUGAUGCGAGACAUCGCAAAGAACUCCUGCAUCCGCUUCGUGGAGAGGACGGACGAGGACGACUACCUGAAGAUCAUCGUCGACCGGGACAGAUGCUACAGCCACGUGGGGCGCGUGGGUGGUGAGCAACAGUUGUCUCUGGGCCUACUGUGCGCCACCUUUCUGGACGUGGGGCCCAUUUACCACGAGCUGCUCCACGCCCUCGGCCUCUACCACGAGCACAACCGGCCCGACCGAGACAGCCACGUCGAUGUGAACUGGGACAACAUCGCCGAGGGAAGCGUCAAGAACUUCAUCAAGAGGGACAUCACCUCCGUGGAGCUCCUGGAUCUCCCUUAUGAUAUUGACUCCGUGAUGCACUACAGCCCCUUCACGUUCAGCAAGUGGUCCUUCCUGACGCCCACCCUUUGGUCCAAGGAGAAAGGCUACAGCUUCUGGAGGAAAGAGAAACCUUCAAAAACCGACUACAAGAAGGUCAAUCGGCUGUAUGGCUGCCAGCGAGGUCGGAGGGGGCGAUGGCUUGGUCGCGCCGGACCACCUUUCGGAGUCGGUCACUUCGGACAUCCAUUCAACAGGAGACAGCCGGGAAUAUGGAAACCACAGGCCCACUCAUAAGGACAAAGACGGCUGGACAUCAAUUAUUUUUUAUGCUUAGAGGCGGUGCUGGCGCUGCCCCUCCUGCUCAAGGCCACACUCAAGCCCUGUAUACCGUCUCACCCAAGGAUUCAUCUUUACAGACACUUUGGACUUUAUGAUCGGGAUUCUCAGACGCUUCCACCUCUAACAUCAACUAUUUCCUCAGGCCAGAAAGAAGAUUAAUCGGAUUCUCAUGAGCAUUUUUUUCACGUUCAUGGUACAGAAGCUAUGUCAAACAACUACUAUUAGGCUACCCAUGGAUAUGUCGAUAACGCCUACGAGCGCCUUGACAGAUGUGUGUUUGGGCGGCGAAUUGUUAGGUAAUAAUACUCUAUAACCCGCACCCACACCGCAGGAUUAAUUUUCCAAGCCUGAUUUGAAUACUCUCGAUCCGUCUCAGUGACUAGGAUUGACUCAUCAUUCAUUGUUCUUUGUUCAGGAUGAAAAAAACGACGAUAUUUUCACUUUCCAUUCUCUUUUUUUCUAUAUUGGCGUGAUUCUUUACGUAACAUUUCACAAUAAGAUUAGAUUUACUUGUGAUAUGGUUGGCUAUUGAUGCUGCAUUAGUUACGAGGUUGUUGCAUGUUUUGUUGUGUUUGCUACAUUGUCAAUACGUGUUCGUUGAUAAAUUGUUAUGUGUUGUUUGUUGUUACAUCAAGUAUUAUUUUAUG